AUGACUGACCUCCCAGCAACCAUGAAGGCCGUGGUCUUCCACGGCCCCAAACACAUUGCCGUCGAAGAGCGGCCCGUUCCCAAGCGUAAGCCUCCGUCGCGCAUGCCCCAUAUCUCCGACACGGCGCUCACCCAGACCGCAGUGCAAGACCCCAAAGACAUCAUCGUCAAGGUCCAUUCCACGGCGCUAUGCGGCUCGGAACUGCACGUCUACCGCGGCCACCAGCCCUCCCCGACGGGUUUCAUCAUGGGCCACGAGUUUGUCGGCACCGUCGUCCAGGCCGGCAGCGAAGUCCAAUCCGUCUCCGUCGGCGACAAGGUCGUCACGCCCUUUACCGUGUCCUGUAAAACCUGUUUCUACUGCACGCACUCCGCCUCCUCGCGCUGCGCGCACUCGCAACUCUUCGGCUCGCCGCACCUCGACGGCGGCCAGGCCGAGUACGUGCGGGUGCCCCACGCGGACGGCACCGUGGUGCGGGCCCCCGCCGAGAUGACCAGCCCCGAUGGCAGCGCCGACGACCGCGCGCUGAUCCUCAUGGCGGACAUCUUCCCGACGGGGUUCUUCGGCGCGCGCAACGCGUUCGACAUGCUGCGCGGGCAGGGGCUGGAGCAAAAACGUCAGGGUCCAGAUGGGCCGUUGCCCGGUCCGAUCCAUCUUCCCCGAGGCGCUGCCGGUGUUGGUGAAGAACCAGGAUAA